CGGUGAGUGAGUGUUAGCAACAAAGCUAAUGUGACAGGAGUUAUUUUCAUCUUGCUGUUGCUGAUUUUCUUCUAUUAAAUUUUUCCUUCCGCGAGUAAACUUCGUCACUCUCUAUAGGAUAACUUUCUUCUUUCCCACUUAAUGUUCAGAGUCUCUGGCUGAAGUUUGGAAUCUGUGCAGCGGUUGAUCUCAUCAUCAGGCAGACGUCAGCAUGUUUAACCCUCAUCAGCACCAGCAGCAACAGCAGCAGUUUCAUCAGCAUCUGCGUCAACUGCAGCAGCUGUUUCAGCAGCAGACGCCUCCUCCGCCACCGCCCCCUCCACCACCACCUCAGCCUCCACCUGCCCAUCACAUGACCCAUCAUCAUCAGACCGCAAGGUCUAUGGCUGUGCCCACCCAAGCACCCCCUUCUGCCCGUAUGGUCAACCUCUGCUCAGCCACUCAAACCAUCUUAGCACCCAAUCCCAUGCUGCAAGGGGCUCUGCUGAUGCAGCAGAUGCAGGCUGGUGGCAUGCGUGGAUUCGCAAUGGGUGGACAGCAGUUCCCACAGUUCUUCGCUCCCGGAUCCAGAGCGUCUCUCCUCGGGCCCGUUCCAAUGGGAGUCGCCAUCAAAACUCCUCAUAUGGGAUACUCGCGACACUUUAACCCACACGCACGCUACUUCAGCAAUCAGGAUUUUCAGUCACGUCAACAAGACAGAAAGAGAGACAUCGAACAGAAACCUGCGGGGAGCAGCGACACCCAAUCAGAAGCCAGUGGGAGCAAAGUUGAUAUAGCUGCAGGCGUUGCUGAUUCAGUGUGUCCAUCUACGUCAGACCAACCUGAAGAACCAGCAGCCAAAAAACAAAGAACAGAAGGGUCAGAGGAGCCUGUGGAGACCGAAUCGGUACAGAGCAGUGAAUAUAAGACUCCAGACCCAGAAGAAUGUACACUUCAGGAGGGAGGCAGUGUGGAGGGUCCGGUGGCUGCUGAAGCAGAUGAGCAGAGUCAAGUGGUCAAGCACAUUGAAAGCACCGAACCGUCAGUUAAGGAUACAGAGAAACAAAACAGUGAUGGUCAAGAUGACUCCACGGGUUUAGAUUCUGUCACUGAAAUCAAAGAGCCGACAGUCUCUGCCAAAGGCCCAGAGGAGCUCAGAGAUGAAGGAGAAACCUCCAACAAGUUCUUCUGCUAUAUUUGCAACAUCACUUGCCAUAACCAGCAGAAUUUCCAGAGCCAUAUGAACGGACUGAGCCACCAGCAGAAGAUGAUGGAGAUCCAGCACAUGAGUAACGCUUGUCUCGUAACGCUGCUGCCACGAGUCCAGGAGUCUUUGCAGGGCACUCGUAAAGACGGAGAGAAGAGACCGGGCCUGCAGAGAUGGUGCUCCACCUGCCAGACUCACUUUACCAGCAAUGUCAUGGAGCAUCGUCGAACCAAGGAGCACAAGCAACAUAGUCGCUCAUAUACCACGAGCUGCACCGUCUGUAAGCAAGACUUCACAACACCCAGAGAAUUUGUGGAGCACAUGAAGACAAAAGAACAUAAGCAAAGAGUUGAGCAGCUGUGGAGAGAGACUGGCAAGGAUGGUGUAGAGGAGCUGAACACUGAGAUAUUAUUGGGUGAGGAGGAUGAUGACAUCAGCGAUGGCGAGAGGGAGGAAGAGGAGGAUGGGAAGGAGGGUCUGUCUGCCCAGAUGGAGGUCACGCUGGAAGAUCUGACUGAAGAGGAGGAGUUUGAUGCUGAUGUCAUGUAUGGGUCUAGUUUUGUGGUUCCCGUCGCUGGUUUCCUCUGUCGACUCUGUAAUCAUUUCUAUCAUUUUGAAUCUUCUGCUCGACACGGACAUUGCAAGACCCUCAAACACUUUCACAACUUAAAGAAAUAUAAAGCCUUAAAGAAACGUGAAGACUUGGGUUCAACCUCAGUAGAACCAGCAGACCAUGUCGGUUCAGAUGAAACCAUCAUCCAAAGCGCCCCGUCCCCAAGCAGUACUCUACAUCCUGUCAUCAACAUUACCAGAUUAAACACCAGCAACCUGACCGACCAUCAGGAAACCAAACAACUAUCAUCAUUAAACCAGGACCUGGAGGAAGCCCUCGAAGAUGUUACGCUCCCACAAGCACCCUCCGGAGCGAUCCCAGAGCAGGAGCACAUCGAGGAAGAGGAGGAGGAAGAGAGCUCCAACGGUCUCCCGGAGGUAAAGGCCGGCAGGGGCAGGGGCCGUGGUACCGUUAAGAAACGAGGAAGAGGAGGGAGGCGACGCUGAGACUGACGUCACGUUUUGAGGAAGAGGAGAAGAUUAGGGCUGCUAUCGAUCCUGGGAGAGGAAUCACUUCACGCUCAGAGGACUGCAGUGAAAACACCCCUCUCUUUCCUGCGGUCUGGAAGGGUUUGUGCCACAAGUUCAUGCCUCUUACCCUGAUUGUACCUCGGUGAAAACGCAGGGAGCUGUGAUAGUGUGUAUGUGUGUGUUUACUGUAAUGUGUUAGGCAUCAUUACUCAGAGUACUGGUACUCUGAACCGACCCGAACAGCGUCUCGAUAGUUUGGGUGUUCAUCUCAAAACACAAUUUGGCAAGAUCACGUGUCGUGUGUGCUUCACGGCAAAAGUAAGAAAUAAGAACACGAUGACUAUGGGUCAUGCAAAAAAAAUUAUUUUUCCCUUUUGAUGUUGGGGUGAAAUAUGACCCUGUGCUUUUUGAGAUUGGGGCGCAUUGAAGUGAAAGCUCUGCUUGCAGGUUUGAAGUGACGUAGAAUGUAGGCGAACUGUACUGAAUGACUUUUCUAACCGAAAGGUGAAAAUUUGAUUGUAGUUUUGUAUCCGGUGAGACUUCCCUGCUGUUUUAAAUCCAGUAAUUUAAGACAGAUGAGUGUGAUUUUGUCUUUUGAUAUUUGUACAACCCAACGCAUUUGAUCUGGUUAACACAUUAGACAAACUGACAGGAAACUAUUGGGUGAGUUAUAAUAAACCUUUAUAAAAAUGAGUUUUCAAUGGAGAACCUUCACGUCUGUCUACGUGAUUUAGUUUUAAAACUAAAAUAACACCAGCAUUUAACAUGUUUAAGUCUAGCUGUGAGUUGGAGAGUGGUUAAAUGGUUAACGCAUUGUGACCGACACGCAGUAUGGCAAGCCGUU